AUGGGUUCUGCCAAGCUUUGGGCUGCUUUCACGAAAUAUAGAAGGAUCACUUUUGCAUUCUGCGCUGUUGCGAGUCUAGGGUGGGCUAUCUUUCUAUCCAUAUUUCUAUCCCGAGAAUGGGUGGAAUAUGAUAUAUCCGAACGUGCGAUUGUAGUGGGUCUUGUUGCACACCACGGCCUUGCGACGAUCCUACUGUACCUAAUGGCGGUCUUGCAAUUCCGGAAAUGGCUCGAUGCUGCUCGUGUUGCCUUCGUCUUAAUAUUCCAGACCGGCACCAUUAUCGUCUUUAGCUUGUUCAGCACCGAUUUCCCUUGCAAUCAGUUCUUGGGAUCCCCCGCAGCAUGUAGGACUGGCAUGAUGGCCGCAAUUAUCGGUAUAUGGUCACAAACUGGAGUUCUUCUCAUUUAUGCUUGUGUACUGGCUCUUAUGACCUGCUUCCCCGCACCAGUUCAAGCACCUGUUGAAGUUGCAAAGGUCACUCCGUAUGGUGUUGUUUCCAAACGAUCGUCUGCGUCGUCAGUGGACUCGCAGACAAGGUUGCUACGCGUUGACAAUAGCGGUUAUUCUCGGGCGCCCUCACCGAGAACCCACUACGCCCAGCCAGUCAACUCUCUUUCACCGAUGCGAUCUGCUGCACUUCCAUCAUCCCCGUUGCAUUCUCCGCGUCCGGACGGGUAUGGUCAUACUAGAGGAUAUAGACCGAACACCCCAGGUUUAUCGUACUCAAGUACCGCCAGCUCUGCCUCCUCUGUCAGGGUUCCAUCCACUGGGCCGUCCUACGGACCCAAUUUACGGAGUCCCCCUCGGUCUCCCAGGGGACCACCUGGAACUCCUGCGCCUAUGAUUCUCAACCCGUUUUUGGACCCCUUGAGUCGCUCGUCAUCCGCUGUCUCUUCUAGCACAUACGCGUCCUCAGCCAAUAAUUGGAACCCAUACGCCGCGCCAAUGAGAUACAAUUACGGAACCCUGACACCGCCUCCCAAUACUCCCAGGAUGUUGGAGGCACAAUACAGGCCUGGAGCACCACCAAAGAGUGCACCACCUUACUACUCGACGACACCUUUUAUACCCGAAGAGAGAUACAUGCAAAAUGCGACAGCAUUCCUCCAGGUCCCGAUGUCUCCAUAUGCUGUGCAACCGUCCGCUCAGCGAUUGAUGCCUCCCCGGUCUAUGACUGCCACACCGGCUCAUUCAAUACACUCGCUUUCUGGGAGCAUCCACGCUGAUGAGCAUCGACCACCUGUUCCUCCCUUGUCUUUGACCCCGUCGCGGCCGCCCAACUCGCUUUCUCCACCGCCAUCAGCGCUGUUGCCUCUGCCUUCGGGCAUGCAAUUCUCUCACGUCGAUGCCAGUAAUAUGUCAAACGGACUGAUGGCCCGCCCGCCGCCCACACCUGCCAGCGAUGUCAGCGCUCGCCCUUCGCCCGUCGACGUCCCAAUUGACGGGCCUAUUGACAUGAAACGCUGGCACAAAGAUGUCCUCGGUGCAGCGGCGGUCCGAUGA